AUGGUCGACUUCCUCUCCGUCCCCGGCACACUCUGGCAUCUGUACCUCGACUAUCUCUGGGACUACCAUUCGGCCUCGUGGGUCGCCAGCGUCGCAUACACCUUCCGCGCCCUCGCCUUUCUCUCCAUCGCCCCCUUCGUCCUCCUCACGCUCUUGGACGUCGCCUCAUACGUGAUCGCGCGCACGCUCGGUGUGGUCGACGACACCAAGGCGUCCACGAGCCCCGCGGCGGCGGCGAGCAGCACGCCCGCGAUCGUCAUCCAGGACAGCAGCGAGUCCGAGAGCGCGCCCGAGCCCGAGCCAGAGUCCGACACCCCGCGCGGCGCGUUCCUCCGCGGCGCGCUCGAGUACGACGGCAACCUGCAGCUCGCGGGCGUCGGCAUGUUCUCGCCCGCGCCGUCCGAGCCGCCCUCGCCCUCAGCCUCCCGCCGCGAGCUCGGCCCGCACAUGCACUACUCGCCGCACGACGUGCUCGAAGAGGAGGGGGAGGAGGGAGGGGGCGGUGGAGGACAGCGGGACGCGUCGAGCAGCGGGGAGGAGUCGUUUGCGAUGCUGGAGCCCGAGUCUGGGUCCGAGGAGGCGGCGGAGGUCACGGUGAGAAGGCGGACGCGGCUAGACGAUGCAGAUGGUUCGUAG